AUGGCUCGUCUCGGCUUGAGGUCAUUUCCAACAACAGAUGAUUCUUUGUACUUUUCGGCCCUUAAACUGCUCAGGGUGGGACCCGAGUUCAUUCCACCUCGCACAAAUUUAUUGGAAUAUAUUCAACAACCGUUUAUCAAACCGAUUGAAGUUCAUCCAAUCAAUUAUAAUCUUUACUUUAAGUCGAAGCUCGAUCCAGACGCCUUUGAUAAAUUUUUUGUGAACUCACUCAACGCCUCCUCGCGAUUAUGGUCUGAAUAUCUCAUACAAAUUCCUUGUCCACCCAAAUUUGGUCUCACUGAAGACUCUUUUCAUUCGUUCUGGGAUGCACUUAUUUUUAAGCCUUUUAAAAUUGCAUGUCCAUCUGGAAACUUCAAUCGAAACUCGAAUUGCCAUACUUAUACAAAAAGAUUUCUACCUGACUUUUCUUAUUUGGUAUUUGAUGCUUGUCUUGCGAGAGGAGAAAAAAAGGGUCCUGACAAUAAUGAUAAUCCAGCGGCUGAGUUGAUCUCAAAAUUAACGUGGACAUAUGGCAAUUGCCCCUACAUUUUUGGGUAUUAUGCGCAUGGUACCGUGGUAACAUAUUGUUAUUUGUAUUUCGAAGAAAACCAAGUCAAGCGGAAGGACCUAGUUACUUGUUUACUGGAAAAUCUAGAGGGACGUAUACAGGCUUUUAAUAUCGGAAUAAAUAUCGGUCGACUGCUACCACUACUUCGUCAAACCCUUCCAGAGUAG